AUGCUUGCUCAUGGCCGAAGUCCUAAUGUGGUUACUUACUCAGCUUUGCUCGAUGGCUUGUGUAAACAUGGAUAUUUCAAUGAGGUAGUUGCACUACUCAAGACAAGGCAAGAAAGUAGUAUAGAGCCUAAUAUCACAAUAUAUACCACCGUUAAUGACGGCAUAAAAACGGAAGAGGUUGGUUGUUGUUAUAAGAUUAAUACAAUAAAUCAACGUUAUCUCCGAAAUAAUGAUACGACACAACGGCGAAGCAACUUCUUGGGGGAAAUGACAUUGGUGUCGCUUAUGUACAGAAUGCUUGCUUUGCACUGGACUUGCAAUGUUAUUGCAGACAAGGCCAUUUAA